AUGCCUCGCUUUCCACAUGGCAUUCCGCUACCUAAUGGACUUAACACGGACCCUCCCUUACCAGCUGAUGCUCCCACCAUUGGCUUCAAGCUCAAUCAUCUUUGCCUUCGCGUGCGCGAUCCGGAAAAAUCACUGCAUUUUUACAUCAAUCUCAUGGGCAUGCGCACCGUCUUCGUUACCAAUACCGGACCUAUGACAGUGUACUUCUUGGGCUAUCCAUCAACGGACCAACACCGUGAAAACCUUGAUAAAUUUGGCAAGGAGACCUCGAUUCCAGACACCGUGGGCCUCUUAGAGCUUUUCCAUAUCCACGGAUCUGAGAAACAACCAGAGGGCUUCUAUAGCUCUGGCAAUACGCCCCCGAAUCUAGGUUUUUGUCACCUAGGUUUUAGUGUUCCGGAUCUGCCAAGGACGUUGGAGAGACUCAAAGUGAAUGGCGUCCCAGUCAUCAAGGAUAUCGGUGUUUCAACUCGACAGAGCAUACCUAUCACUGCUUGGGAGAAUGAGCAAGGUAUUGGUAUCGAAGUCGAGGGUACCGACAGCGAAAUCCACCCGGUUUUCAAGCAAAUCUUCGCCAACUUCGCCUAUGUUCAAGAUCCCGACGACCCAGUUCUCUCCGGCGGAGUCGCUGAUGUCGGUGAUGGCUGUUUUGGUGUCUUGAUGCGAUGGUAUCUCGAACAGAAUUUUGGCCACAUGAGCAUAGAACAUACAUCGAAUGAUCAGGUUGCCACACCAGGUGGAUGCGACAAGGUCGAGCGGCAGUCUUUCGACUUCCGCACAAUAGAUACGACACAUGGGCCAACAGUCCCUAGCCUGGAGUUAUUGAGACGAUAG